AUGACUCUUCAACGUGUUUUAUUUUUAAAGCUACAUCGGUAUAUUAAGAAUAUAAAAUAUGGAAUUGAUUCAAGGAAAACAAUCCCAUACUUUGAUCAAAAUGGAGAAUUUGUCUAUUAUCACAUGAUUAUAAACCGGGUGCUUUUUAAAGAUGACAUUUUGAAAGACAUUAAUGUGGACAGUGAGAACUGCAUAAAGUGUCCAGAAUACGAAUGGCCGAAUGAAAAUAAAAAUCGCUGUAUUCCUAAGGAAGUGGAGUAUCUUUCCUACAUGAAUGAUAUUCUAGCUGCUUUAUUUGCUGUUUUCAUUUCAUACAGAGAUACCCAUAUUGUCAAAGCCAAUAAUAGGAACCUCAGCUUUAUUCUUCUGAUUUCCAUCGCCCUGAGCUUCAUCUGUGUGUUUCUCUUUCUUGGUCGUCCCCUGGAUAUAACAUGCAUGCUCCGUCAAGUGUCUUUUGGAGUCAUCUUCUCAGUGUCUGUCUCCUGUGUGUUGGCCAAGACCAUCAUGGUUUAUAUUGCUUUCAAGGUCACUAAACCUGGCAGCAAGUGGAAAACAUGGAUUGGAGUCAAGCUGUCCAAUUCUAUCGUUUUAAUCCUCUCGUUUAUUCAAGUUAUAAUUAGUAUCUGUUGGUUGGCCAUUUCUCCACCAUUUCAGGAGAUGGACACACGCUCUUAUCAAUGGAAGAUCAUCAUUCAGUGUAAUGAAGGUUCAGUUAUUGCCUUUUACUCUGUGCUUGGCUACAUGGGGUUUCUGGCAACUGUUAGCUUUGUUAUGGCUUUUUUAGCCAGGACAUUACCGGACAGCUUUAAUGAAGCCAAGUACAUCACUUUCAGCAUGCUGGUGUUCUGUAGUGUUUGGAUUGCGAUGAUCCCAGCCUAUCUGAGCACCAAAGGGAAAUACAUGGUGGCUGUAGAGGUUUUUGCCAUAUUAACAUCGAGUGCUGGACUUUUAGGUUGCAUAUUUUUACCAAAAUGUUACAUAAUAUUUAUGAGACCUGAAAUGAAUAAAAAGUCAUGUUUGCUAAGGAAAAUAAAUUAA